UCGGGCGGGCAGUGCGGGGGAGGAGGGGGAGGGGGGGGAGAGCCGCCGGGGAUGGGGGUCCGGGACAUCGCGCGCUGGAACGUGCGGGUGUCGCUGCUGUACGCGGUGGGGGUCUGGACCAUGUUGGGCUCGUAUGGCUUCUUCGAAAUGAAGAGGAGGCGAGAGAAGCGGUCAACGAGCACAGCCCCUCCCAGUGCCCCCCCACCAGAACCUACCUGCACGGAGGAAUUGCGAGAAGAACUCCAAACCAACACAGUGCCUGAAGAAGAUCCAGUGAAAACAACUAUUGCAACAGCUAUUACUUUAAAGGAAAAUUAUGAACCUUUAUCAUCCAGAAUCUACAGAUACAUUUUGGGUUAUUCUGACAAGCCUGGAGAAGAAAAUAAUUCAGAAAAAUAACCUUAUCCUACUGUUGAAGACUGUAAUGUCGAAGCCUUCCUUUUACACUUGGAGAAUUUGCUUUACAAUCUCCUUGCGAUUUGUAAAACUGUCUUGCAACAGCACAGCUUGGGCUGUUCAGAAGAGAGCAGAAUCUAUAGUCAAGUGAGCCCUUACGUUAGUUGAUCAAUUCUCCCCCACGGACUUGCUGGGUAGCUCAUUAUUGUCUUUUAAAGGAUGGAAAAUUAGUAAAUGGCAUCAAAAAGGUUGUGCUUUCAGAUUCUGAAGUGCCACAUUAUCAUCAUCGUGGAACAAAACUAAAAUAGUCAGGAAUCACAGAAAGAGGCCAUUUGGCCCAUCGAGUCUUCACCGGCUCUCAGAUCAAAAUGUUCAUUUACUAUCUAUGACAAUAUAUAUCUAUGACAGUUGUAGAACAAGGUACAGAAUGACUGAGACUUUUGCCACUAAUGAAGUGCAUUCUACUUUUCGCACUCACAUGCCUCAUGCAAGAGCCUUCAAAACUAUCUUUAACUGAAGGACAUCGCAGUCAGCUGUCCUGUGUUUAAAUGCCAAUGAUAUUCCUGUCCUUUGAGCUGGGACAAUAGAAACAUGCGGAAAUAUUUGCCAAAAAUUGCGGGGCAUUUGCCAAAAUUGCGGAUGAAUUUGAUGGAUCUUGUGGGAAAUGCGGGGGGUUAAUUGAGAGAUGCAAUUUUUUGAAACAAUGCAGAUUAAAACUAUAGGCAUAUAUUUCCUGAACAUGUAGUUAUGUUUAAAAUACUAAAAAUGUUAAUGUAAAUAGUACAGCACUUACCACUAAUUGGUUUCAGGAGCUCAGUUUAGGCCGCGGGCACCGGGCGAGGCCAAUUUGCCGCUUCUGCCCCUUACACCAUCCCAAUAUUCCCUGCACCGCGCAUGCGGGACUGGAGCCGCUUCACCCACGGACGGUAGCAGCGUUGAGCAAACAGCGCAAGAGGCCCAGGGCCUAGCUCACUGUGUGUACAGGUUUGCAGCGGAGGGUGUGUUUGUUGCAGAGGAGGGUGUUUAUAACAGGUUCCGUGGAAAUCGUGCAUUUAUCUAUUGGGCCAGCCUACAGCAUCCAUACAUGCCUUAUCUGCAAACAUAAGGGCAGAGGGAGUUUCUCCCAGUGUCCAGGCCAACAAUUCCCCGGAUAAAAUACGGACGUUGCAGUGUGCAAAUUGGCUGCUGUGUUUUCUUUACAAAAAUGCACAGUUGCUCUACAGUAAGUCCUGUGAAGCAUCUGAUGUGACAGAUGAAAUAUCAAAUCAGGGCUUAUUAUUAAUAAUAAUAAAAAAUUAACCCAUUUUCCCUCUAAAUAUACUUAUUCAUUUUCCUCAGAUUAUGGUCUAAUGUUCUCUUCACAAUUCUCUGGCUGUGAUUAGUGUCACCAUCUUAAGUUUUUUAAUAUGCCAUAAACUGGCAUGAAUCUAAGAAGCAGCAUUUUAACUUGUUAAUAUUGCUACAACAAAAUUUUCAUGUAAAGUAUCCCUUGUGCAUAAAAAUAGGGGAAAAUCAUGUUUCUAUUGAGUUUUUUAAAUAAAAUUGUGAUCAAAUUAAUAUGCAUCAUGAGCUG